UCUCCGCUCACUUUUCCACUGGACCCACACCAGGAAAGAGUUUGGCUCAACAGUUCCUCUCUUUUUGUGUUUAUUUACUUGCUCAUCUACCACGAACCACUUUCUUCCUUCGCCCACCUGCCUACCAAUCUCCGUCAUUUUUCCAGGCCCUCGUUCUGUUCCUCUCGUUCAACUUUGGAAUUUUAGUGCGUCAUUGGCAAAACCCAUUAAAUUGUCCAUGCUGCCCUUAGCUAGGAAAGCUCUCACUCUUGUAUUUCUCAUCUCCUCCUCGAACCGCGGAGGGGGAGGAGGUCAGCAUGGAGCAUCACCAUCUUUCCUGGUGGAGGCUCUGCCCCUCGACAACAAACCUCCCAGUAAUAGCGACACUGGUGAAGUGACUCCACAACGCAAUACGAGUAUUCGUUCUUGGUGCCCUUCGCCUCGUCCAAGGUUAUCCAAAUGUCUUUCAGUCCAGGGUCAGAAAUGCCCAGAGUCAACAAUCCUCGGAGUUCUUGGGGUCAACGCGAGCAUGAGCACGGACAAAGGUCCUCCAGCGUUAUUUUCCUCUGGGGCUGAUUGCGUCAUGUAUUUUCAGAAUACGGACUCUGUUGUCAGUAAUGAAACCAAAAUAUUUUCCUCUGCGUAUUUGCCAAUCAACACAACGUCGAUUCAGCUCGUUUUCCGAGUUCGAGUAAACGAUUCGACGUGUAUUCUAAACGUUCAACAGUACAACUACACCGACCAAGACUGCGAGAAAGUGGAAAUGAACGUCUCAUCUUUCCCCUUCUGCACACAAAUCAGCUACAACUGUGCUGGGGAGGAAGAGCGUCGUCUCCUCGCGGAGCUGGAGUCGAGGGGGGUACUGCUGAGGACGUCUGAGCUGCAAAAGCCACCACUCCCACUUGUUGCCCACUCAAAGAGCACCGAAUUGCGGAGGGUGGAGCGGGCCGAAGUGAUUCGGAGGGUAAAGAAACCCAUUUCGUGGAACUGGCGAGACCAUAUACUGGAAAUCUCACUCGUCUCCAUUGUGGCCGCCGUCCUCAUUCUCAUCGGACUCAAAAGAUGCUUGGCAGGGACGAGGCGUCUGAUGAAUUUGAGUUCGCAUUCUCGUGUGGUUCGAUUUGACUUGGAUGAAUUGGACGAGAAACGCCGUCGUUUUUCGAGCUGCGUCAUGUCCAGCCCCCCGAGGCAGAUCGACUACACCAAGAAUCCGUCCAAACCAAUUUUGAAAAACAGACCAAAAUUAUCUCACCCUCCACUGAAUCGUGUUUUGGGCCAAACUCAUUCUUCAGCAAUCAAGAGCUUUGACAGUAGCAGCAGCAUUUACUAUGACGCCAUCGAGGGUCCCAGCAGUGCAGCCGUCGUGGCCCCACCCGAAGAAAGCUCGUCGCAUUCUCAACCACUUAUCUCAGAGUUCUAGGCAUCAUAACCAUAAGCUAGCCAUACAUACAUACAUACGUUUGCUUAGAUUUCUAUACAAUAUUAAUGCUAAUGAGCCAUGCAUUGCUAGGAUAAGUUGGCGAUGCUUUGUAAUACCGUGCGCUUUCCGAGUCUCAUGUGUGAUAAAUAAUGAACAGUAAUAAACUGCGCUAUUCUUCUACAAAUGCAAA